CCCCUUAUUUAUUUGCUCUUUCCAACCCUCUUUGCUCCAUCUCAGAUCACACAUUAGCUACUAUUUCCCAAAGUAUAGUUCCCUGUAAUUUUGAAGAGUACUCGAAAUGGAAAAGAACCAAAUCACCACCAAAAACACAGAGUCCCAACGUGUAUGUGAAAAGAUUUUCAGAGUAGUGAAUAUAAGUCCAGCUUUUCGACGAAUUUCUACAGUUCAUCCACAGACACAAAAUCCCAUUUCUGCUACUAAUUCAGCUACCAAGCCAAUAGUAGCAAGCACAGAUCAUCACAGAAAUGACCCUGCUAAAGCCACCAAAUUCAAGCUAGUUGCUCAAAGUGGAUCCACCAUUCCUCUUGAGUUAAAUGGCCAGAAAUAUCAGAACAUGUCUAGUACUGCCUCUAACAUGGUACGUGUAGAAUAUAAUCACAUUGCAGGAGAAAGUGCCACACCCAAGUUUAAAGCUGAAACUCUGAAACCUGUGAACAAGCUCCAUCAGCAGAAUCAAGAUCCUUAUAAAGGCGCGAAAGUUGAACCUCAUGUGAACAAGUCCCCUGUAAAGAACAUGUUCACUACAGUUCAUUAUCAGAUAAAUGAAGGACCUAAAGAUGAUAAUGAAAUAUUUUCUAAUUAUAUCGAUCGCGUGAAAAAAAAGAUGAGAAAUACGUUUGAUGAUGAUUGAUGAUCAUAAAGUCUCUCACUAUGUUGGCCGCUCCAAGUUCAAGACCUGAACUACAACUAUUGCUGGUGGGAACAAAGGAGCUACUUGAAGAAUCUUUGCAGAGUUAUGUGUAUGAUUGUUUAUCCUUUAAAUAAGAGAAA